UACAGUGUAUCUGUUUCACGCGGUGGUGGCAAACUUCUUGGACUGAUUCAUUCGGCGCUGUGAUAAAUGUCUUUAAAAAACAGCAUUAAAUCAAAGCCUAGGUUCACUCAAUUUACAUCUGAAGUUAUGUGUAGGUUUGAGGUGAAGAAACACGUCGCUGUAACACGUUAGACACGCUGACGGAGUCCUUAGGAUGUCCGGUUUGUUUCGCCACUCCCCCCCUUUUCCCCAUCUGAAUGGAACAUCCUGAAAGUGGUUUGGCACUCGGAGCAGGAGAGUAGCAACUGACAACAUCGCAGGGGGGCAACUUCGCUUCUCUUCACUUUACCGACCGCAGGGAGCCCGACACCGGGGGUUAGAAGAUACUUAACAAGCCACGCAUGCUGUAAAUUCACCCCGUCGUCAUUUUCUUACGCAAAAGCAAUGUACAUUUAGAAUUUUUCCAAUUGGUUUUGAGGCAACACAAAAACGCGGCUUCUGGUUUUUGGGAAUGCUUCCUCAGUCUGCCUGUAAAGAGCAGAGAGUGACAGUCCUAUCUGUCAAUUCACAUCUGAAGACAUGUUGUACUGGACUCUGCCUGACUGGAAAGUACUGCUGCUGAUUGUGCUGCUGUGGGACGGCCUCUGUGCUUUGGGACUGAAACCCACGAGAUGGCCACUGUAUUCCCAAAAGCCUCUGCUCCUUGCUUGGAAUGCCCCGACUGAGGACUGUACCCCACGGCAUGGUAUUCGCUUUCAGCUGGACCAUUUCCAGAUUGUGGCCUCACCCAAUAAGGGCUUUGUUAGACAGAACCUCACCAUCUUCUAUAAGGACCGCUUGGGCUUGUACCCUCACUUUGGUCCAAAUGAAAUGCCGGUGAACGGGGGGCUGCCGCAGGUGGCCAGUCUCACACAGCACCUGGAGAAUAUGCCCGCGGGAGUGCAGAAGUAUAUACAGGAACCAGGGGCCAAGGGUCUGGCAGUUAUUGACUGGGAGGAGUGGCGCCCACUCUGGAUACGUAACUGGGACACCAAAGAUGUUUACCGCAGACAUUCUCGUGAGUUGGUGCGUCAGAAGAACCCAACAUGUCCUCCGGAGCAGGUGGCAAAAAUGGCCCAGCAGGAGUUUGAGAUGUCUGCCAGGAAUUUCAUGCUGGAGACGCUGAGGCACGCCAAGAACCUGAGGCCCAACCAGCUGUGGGGUUUCUACCUGUUCCCAGACUGCUACAAUCAUGACUACAGGCACACUCUGGAGAACUACACAGGCCGCUGUCCUGACGUGGAGGUGGCCCGCAACGAGCAGCUGAAGUGGUUGUGGACUGAGAGCACCGCCCUCUUCCCCUCCAUCUACAUGGGCACCGUGCUGCGUUCCUCAGCUUCCGGAAGGCAGUUUGUGCGGAACAGAGUGAAGGAGGGGAUGCGUUUGGCAUCAUCAGGUGAUGGGUUGGCACGUCCUGUCUUUGUGUACACCCGGCCCACUUACGCCAACUCCCUGGAACUACUGACAGAGACCGACCUCAUCUCCACCAUCGGGGAGAGUGUGGCUUUGGGAGCAGCUGGAAUCAUCAUGUGGGGAGAUGCAGGGUAUGCAAGCAGCAAAAACAGCUGCUCCGACUUGGAUGUGUAUCUUCGAGGUCCGCUGAAUCAAUACCUCCUAAACGUCUCCACGGCAGCAGAGCUAUGCAGCCAGACCUUGUGUGCUUCUCACGGCCGCUGUCUGCGUAAAAAUCCAGACAGCAAUGUUUACUUGCAUCUGAACCCGCUCAGCCACAGUAUCAUCGAGCAGAGCGGCAAGCCAACCGUCACCGGUGAGCUUGGCGAAGCAGAGAAGACAAGUUUUCAGACAGAGUUUCAGUGCCAGUGCUACAGCGGCUAUCAAGGAGAGGGUUGCGAUCAGUCAGACCCUCUGCACCAAAGAGGGACGGCAUCUCAAACCCUGGCAUCAGCACUGCAAUGUAUCAUCUUACUGAUUAUCUCAUUACUCCUCUGUUAAUACACCAUAAAUACUUUAGACAUAGCUGCAUUUUAUAUGUCUAAAGUAUAGGAGCACUCCAGCUGAAAUGUUAAGGAGUGAGGAGUGUCUUUUUUUUUUCCUUCUUUUAAUUGCUGUAAAAUAUGGAUGAUACAAAGUGAAAUUUUGUAAGAAACACUGUGGAAAUUGCAAAGUUAUAUUUGUUUUUAAUCUUUUUUAAAUAAUGAAGGGCUCGCUGGAAAUGAUCUUGUUUACAUUUUGCUCUCAGUCAAAGUGUCAAAUUCCAUGUUUCUCAUAGAGAGAAAGUUUUUUGGGGGGAAAUGUGAUGAAUGAGUUCAUGAAUGUCAGUAGCUGUGUGGUGAAAGAGGAAUUGAUGCACUUAAAUCUGGUAAUAGCACAAUAUAUUUUAAGUGCCUGGUCUUUUUUCAACAUGACCUCUCUGACAUCUGAUGUUUUUACGGAGGCAAUUACAGUGUUACUAUUUAUUUGAAUGUAUUUUUAGGUGUUUUAUAUGAUAUUUCUUAUUUUUAUGUCCAAAACAUGACUACUAGUUUUCUUUUAAAACACUACAUAACACGAUUUACGCUAAAAAUAAGUCUUUUCUCUAUUUCAGCAGCUAUUUUACAUCAGAAGCACAAACAAUGUAAAAAGCAAAUUUCUGACACUGUAUGUAACAAUUUCACUUUCGUGACUGCCUCUCUCUUUAUGCUGUUUUCUCAAAUUUGACUUUUGUCUAAGUAAAUAAACAUCUUUGUUGA